AUGUUAACUUAUCCUCGGCAACUAUCUAUUAUGCCAGGUCCGCUCUAUGGAAGUAUUUUUUCCUACAAUCCAGCAUCAUUAGAAUUUCUAUUUUUUGCAAAUUUCUCAUUUGAAAUUGAUGAUAAUCGGACAUCUAUGUAUUAUUUUGUACCUGGUCCUAUAGCUAUUGUGAAUAGUAGUUCUUCUUCGUUGAUGUACAUGCCUGUACAAUGUGGAAUUGUACCUAAACGUUUAUUUUUAUUCGUUUUUGAUAUGAACAAGAAAACGUACAAGCAAAGUCAAUGGAUUUUACAUAAUGGAGAUUUUGCCUAUCUUUUUUAUGAUCCUCAACGUCAACGCUUAUUUGGAUUACGUGAUGAUUUAACAUCUACACUAUUUAUUGAAGAGUAUAAUAUGACAACAUUAGAUUUUAUUCGAAACUAUACUCAACAAAACCGUUCACAAUAUACCGUUCCAAAAGCUGGUUGUGCAAUGUUUGAUUACGAGGAAAAUUGGAUUGUAGAAGUUCGAACACGAGUUGAAACUCCUUUGAUAAAAGCAUAUUUUAUUAAAAUGGAUUUAAAUCUUGUUGGGAAGAAAGAAGAUAUUGUUACUGAUUUUCAUCGAAUGUCAAAUAUUGAUUUUCUUCUUACGAUGACUUAUGACAUAAAGACAAAAACUAUAUUGGGAACACGAUUGCGUUGCUUGAUUGCUAAUGAUCUUAUCAUGCUCUACAUGAAUCCUUACACGAGAAUCCAUAUGGAACUUGUAAGAAAUCGUCGUAUCCAAGGUGCAUGGUACGGAUGUGAAGGUGGACAUAGUGCCGUGAACAAGAUAAAUGCUUGA